AAAGAAUCUCCUAAAGCAAGAGUCCAAUGAUUGACUGAGCCACCCAGUCGCCCCAAGGUGAGGGCUUUAAAUGGGACUGUGACAAUUCUUUGUAGUGAAUAAGGGGCAAAUGGAUAUUUCAAAGAAAGAAUCAGGACGUGGUUCCUAAUUUGAGUGAAAGUUAUGAAGAAGAUACCAAAAAAAAAAGAUAAAGGGGAAACCACUGACAAAAUAAGGAAUGAUGGAAGACAUAAGGAGUUACAAUUAUUAAUUUGUAUUUGGAGAAUGUGGAAAUUAAAGUGAUAGCAGUUAAUCAUAUAAGCUGGUAAUUAGAAAUAGUACUGAAAUUAUGGAAAGUCUUAGCCAGAUGUGGAUUUGGGGAGAUAAAAAAAAAAACAGGUUGUCCUCUAAAGAAGUUUUUAUUGAUAGGGCCCCAGGACAGAGCCUUUUGAUAAUUGGGGGGUGAGGAGGAGAAAGUGAAAGCAACAGGUGGACAGGGAACAAAUCAGGUAAACUAGAAGAGAAGUAGAAAUGUUGGUGUUUCCAAAACUUUUGAGAAAGCAGAGUUUAGGAAAAAAGGGGCAAUCAGAAAUGGGCAAUGUGGACCUGAAGGAGGUGGAAGAGAAUGAGGACCAAAAAGAGACCCUUGGAUUCAACUAGAAGGAAGUGAUUAGUGACUGUGGCAGGCAGAAUAAUGGUCCUGUAAAGAUGUCCUCAUCCUCAUCUUGAGAAUCUGUGAAUAUACUCUGUUACAUGGCAAGGGAGUAUUACAGUUGCUCGUCAGAUGACCAAAAAAUAGAGAAAUUAUCUGGGGUGGUCUGAAUGGGUCAAAUGUUAUCACAAGUGUUCUUAAAAGAUGAAAGAGAAAUGCAGAAGACUAUCAGAGAAAUGUGAUUUAGAUGUUGAAAGAUUCAACCAUCUAUUGCUGUUUGAAAAUGGAAGGGGGGCAUAAGCCAAGGAAUGCAGGUGUCCUCAGGAAGCUGGAGAAGGCAAGGUAACAGCCUCCCCUGAAGCCUCCAGAAAAAAUACAGCCCUACCAGCACAUUUAGUUUAGCCCAGUAAGAUCUGUGUCAGGUUUCUGACCUCCAGAACUGUAAAACAAUAAAUUUGUGGCUAUUUUAAGCCACUGAAUUUUGUGGUAAUAUGGUACAGCAGCAAUAGAAAACUAAUACAGUAAGUAGGUAUUUGUAGAAUUUUGGUGGUGGUAUAUUGCAGUGAAUUUGCUUUAAGAUUUGACUUACUCCUUAAUGAGUCUUUGUUGAGAAAAAAAUGGAAAGCCAGGAUUGUUAAUUGCUGAUCUAAGUCUUACCUAAAGUACUUCUGAGAAUGGUACUCCAAAAUCUAGUCCGACUUGCGUACGUAAGUAUUUUGUUCCAUCUUUGCUAUACCAAAGGCCAGGCUAACCAUAGAUGUGAAUUUAUCAAUAAGUUUAGAAAUAGUCCACCCCUUCCUUUUGGUGCUGUUAUUUUUUUUUAUCAUUAUAAUCAAGUACAUAUACAUCCCAGCUAAAGUCAGCUAACCAGGUUAAUUCAUCAGUGAUUGGGAACUAAAUUAUAAAAUGCUUUUGUACACAGUUAUUGGACUCAAUUCAGUUUUAUAGAUGAGAGAACUGAAAUUCCAAGCAAAGAAGUGAGAUAGGCUGUGUCAUAUUGCCAUCAUACAUCUGGCUGGCCUGAGCUCAGAGAUCCUUUUACCUCCAAUCUUUCUUUCUCAUAAUUACAUUUCUAGGUCUAGCUUUGGGACUGGAUUGCCUCAGGCCUUAGAUAACUCUAUGCAUCCUCUGAAGCAGUAUGGAAGAUGAGAACGUGGUAAUAAUGGAAAAAUAGUAGCCUUUCCCCCUUUUCCAUCACUAACAAAAAGUUUCGUGAGAAACACAAAAUGAAAAUUGGUAAAAAAACAAUGUCAGACACUGUUAUAAACUCCUGUAUGUAUAGUAACUCACUUAAUCCUUACCAUUAUUUUUUUUAUAUAUAGAUACUUUAUUACUAUAGGUAAGAUGGUGAGCCACAAGGAGGUUACUUAACUUGCCCAAGUUAAGUACCGGGGAAAAGUGGGAUGGGGAUGGAUGCAACCCUUUACUUUUGUUUAAAACUGUGAUGCUUUUCCUCAAACUUUUUAUCUUGAAAAAUUUUAAAGAUACAGAGAGUUGGAACAGCAAAUGAACACCCAUAUACUUCCUCUCUCUAGAUUCAACAAUUAUGAACAUUUGCCACAUUUACUUUAUCUCCAUUUGUGUGUGUGAUCAUUUGAAAUUAGUGCAUAUCAUGACACUUCAACACCUUUACAAAAUAGAUCAGUCCUGUACAAGACUUCUGAAAACUUUAUUUUAAUUCAGAUAUUGACUAAUGCAGUAUUUCAUAUUUUGGGGAAGCCACAAGGAAAGGGACAGGAUAGUUGAAAUUGUGUAGAAGAGUAAAGUAACUUUAAAUAUCUAAUAGCUACUUAUGUGCUCAGCGCUUUGUCUGUAAUUAGUCCCUUAAUUUUCAAGAUAAUUCUAUGAUAUAGGUAAUCUUAUUACCCUCAUUACAGAUACCCUCAGAGAGAAGUAACUUGCCCAAAGCCACCCAGCUAGUAUGUAGCAAAACCCCAUAUUAAACUGAGCAGUUAAGUAUAUUUUUAAAUAUAUAAAACAAAGGAUGCUGAAGUGUCAUGAUGCCUAUUACCUUAAGUGAUCACACAGGAAAGUGGAGAUAAGAUAAAUAUGGCAAAUGUUGAUAAUUGUUGAACCUAGAGAGUAAGCAUAUGUGUUCGUUGUACUAUUCAAGUUCUCUGUAUCUUUGAACAUCUUCAAAAUCAGUUCUAGAGUUUGAGCUUUUCUACUUUGUGCCUUGGUAAAUGCUUCGUGGAAGAAAGUAUUUAAGGAUUUUUGCUAGCAAACCUUAAGGGGAAAUCACAUUUAGUAGGAAAUAUUUAGUUGGGUACCCAACUAGAAACUAUUUUUAGGUUUGUUUCGUUUAACCUUUUUUUUUUUUUUUUUCUAAUCUGGACGGAACUGAAGGUGCAAGAGGUCUAAGAGGGCUGGAGGCCGGGGAGAAAGGCAGGAGGUGAUCGCAGGAUGUUGCCUGCGGCCGGCUGCCCAGUGGAUUCUGGGCAUUGUAGUCUCUCAGUCAUCCAGGGCAUUCCUGAUUAGGGCCUCGGGAAAACCUCGCUACGCUCCCAGAAGCCCCCGGUGCGACUCGCUGGGAACGCACUUCCUGGGACGCUGCGAGGUAGACGCUCUAAGAAGCUCUUCAGUGUGGGAGACUAAAAUGUCUUGGAUCUAAGAAACAGGCCUGGAUCAUCUCUACUCUCUAUUCAGAUGUGCAUAUAUUUCUUCUAAGUUGAUUAAAGUUUUUUUACACCUGUCAAGUACCUCAAAGAUCUGACUGACAGUACUGCACAAGCCUGCCUGCCAUGGGCUGUCGGGAUGUCCAUGCAGCCACAGUCCUCUCCUUCCUGUGUGGAAUCGCCUCGGUAGCAGGCCUCUUUGCGGGGACUCUGCUUCCCAACUGGAGGAAAUUACGACUGAUCACCUUCAACAGAAACGAGAAGAAUCUGACUGUUUACACUGGCCUGUGGGUGAAGUGUGCCCGAUAUGAUGGGAGCAGUGACUGCCUGAUGUAUGACACUACUUGGUACUCAUCAGUUGACCAGCUGGACUUGCGGGUCCUCCAGUUUGCCCUGCCUCUCAGCAUCCUGAUUGCGAUGGGUGCCCUGCUGCUGUGCCUGAUUGGAAUGUGCAACACGGCCUUCAGGUCCUCAGUGCCCAACAUCAAACUGGCCAAGUGUCUGGUCAAUAGUGCAGGCUGCCAUCUGGUGGCCGGGCUGCUGUUUUUCCUGGCAGGUACCGUGAGCCUCUCCCCUUCCAUCUGGGUCAUCUUUUAUAACAUUCAUCUGAACAAGAAGUUUGAGCCAGUCUUUACGUUUGACUACGCAGUGUAUGUCACUAUGGCUAGUGCUGGGGGCCUGUAUAUGACUUCCCUUCUACUGUUUAUUUGGUACUGUGCAUGCAAAUCUUUGCCUUCUCCUUUCUGGCAGCCACUGUACUCCCAUCCUCCCAGUAUGCAUACCUACUCACAGCCCUAUUCAGCACGCUCCCGCCUCUCUGCCAUCGAAAUUGACAUUCCAGUAGUUUCACACACCACCUAAUGGGGAAAUAGUUAGUUCUCAGAGAAAAUAUUGUAGCCUCACAUUUCCCUUGUACAAGGACCCAUAUACAUUUUCCUUUGUUUCUGACCAGUCAAUAAACCCAAAUUUGUAUGUCCUGGUAGAAUGAAGUGCUGCUAGUUUUAUGAAAAGUACAUUAUUUUAAAUGUGAAUCAUGCCUUUUAUCUUGCUUCUUAUGCUAGAAAGAUUUUUAACCUCUAUAUUGAUAUCUAAUCAGUUAUUCAAGUGGAAAGGACCUGUGUCUCAGUUGAGGUAAUUUAGAGCAACAUGGUAAAGUAAAAAAUGAAGACUAAGAGAGACUAUUGUACAUGCUCUUUAUGAGUAUUUUAGAAUGUGUAUUGUCCUUUCUCUGUAAUACCUUAAACUGGGAAAAAAUGGCAAUUUCAAAUAUAAGAAAUUUCUUUCAGGUAAGGGUAAUAUUUUAACAGUAGUCAGUCUACCAGCCUAAGGCUGUAACUUUUCUUACUUCUCUCUCGGGGCUAAUUAUAUAAAACAGAGUUUCAUAUUUUGAAGAUACUUUCUUUUGUGCAUUCCUUAUCUUCUACCUCAUGGCAGUGUUUAAAAAUAAAAUGCAUUUUAAGUGAUGUCAGAGAGAAUAGCCUAACAUUUUAAAUAUCUACUAGGGUGGAUAACAUUUAACAUAAUUUUAAAAGUUAAUGGUUCUAUAAAUUGUAUUAUUAGAGUUAAAAUGGGCCACGUGAUGGAUCGGUGCUUCCCCUCUGAGGCAGAAAAGCCUAUUUUUUUUUCAGAUAGCCUCCGAGUAGUACUCGAGUAGUACUCAUGGCACUGUAUAAUCUCUUAGUGAUGAAGAGAAAGAAAGAAAGAGGCCCAAGUGGUUUGUUCUCUUUAGACAAUGGUGGGAGACAAGCAUCUCUUCUUCAUUGACAGCAUCAGAGAUUCAUUCUUGUGGACUGCCUUUUGAAUGAUGAGUGAAGUAAGUUGUGGCCUCACCAUGACCACAUUCACUCUUGAUUCAGUUCCUGCCCUUGUCACUGAUUAUUUCCUUGAGCAUAUUUCUUUGCUCCACACUUUAGUGGGUGCUAUAGAGGAUACAUGAAAAGUAUGAGAUCCAGUCCCAUCCACUAAGAAAUUUUAAUAUAACAAAGAAGAUCAAACUGUUACCUAACAAUUAGGAAACAGUCUGACUUUAUUGGCAGCUGGUCUUAAUUUCUUAGUCGCUGAUCCAGGAAUAUAUUUCAACCGGAGACAUGGCUUUCUGGCAGACAGGCUUAUUGUACAAUACCAGCAGUAUUCUGGAACUUAGAAAUUCAAUUCAUUGGAUCCUUUAGAGCACCCUCCCUUUGCCUAGACACUAUAAUAACGCUAUAUCAGAUUCACAAGAAUGGGCAAAAGUGGUAAAGAAAUUAAAUUGGAAGUUCACUUUUCACCUCUGAAAGUAUGAUGAUGUAUUGAAGAGGGAGGAGUAUUUAAAGUCUCUCUUCUAACAGGGUAACAUUUAGAUGCACCUGCGUUAACACUGAGAUGGAUGCUUAGAAAUUCAGGGAUAUUGGGUCUUUACCCUUACGAAUUUGAGCUGCUGACUUAAUUGGUAUAAUUUGCUAUACAUUAGUAUUAUGUUCCUAAGGAUUUUGUUUUAUUAACCAUUACAAAUUUCACAAACCACUAGUUGCAUGGUAAACAGAUUGUUAUGCCUCUUUGCAAAUUUGGAUAUGAUUCUGGUACUUCUGUGGUUGUAAGUGCUACUUUUCUUUUUUUCCUAAUUACAACACUAAUUUAUGUAUAUAGCAAAUAAAUCCAGUUGUAUAAUUUUUAAAUGCCAUCAGUAUAAAGCAUGCAAAACUACGGUUUUUUUAGUUUUGGCUUCUGGUUACCUUCAGUUCUAUUCCUAUUUACUCUUCUCAGACAUAGCUGAAUCUUGAUCACUCCAAGACAGUGGCAGGUAGAAGUUUAAGAUUAAUAUUAAUUUCCUCCUUUGCUAAUUAAUAUCAGUCCUCUCUCUUACUUAAUUUGUCCAGAAGUGUCAAGAAUUCUACCAUCUUCCUGUUCUUAGUAUCAACAAUGUUAAAGAAAAGUAGACUCAGCCAUUAAUACACUAGACAGAUUUUAGUCCCUGAGAUCAUAAGUAUAAAUGUGAAGCUUUUUCUGUAAGCAUCUUUUGCAGUCUUUUCAUAAUCUGUAGCCUCAAAUUAGUAUUUACUAUGGUUAUACUAGGCAAAAGAAACAGCUGUUUCCCUUAUUGUCUUUAGUAUUUCGGAUUUGCUCUCAACAGCUUUUCUUCAAAGCCAUCAAAGGAAAGCAAGUAUUUACAUUUCUUUUUAGUAAUUUUUGAGCACUCAUCAGGCUAUCAUUGUGAUGGGGGAUAUUUUUUGUUGUUGUUUUUGUUGCUGCAAGUUAUUAAUAUUAAGGGCCUUUUACAGAAGCCAGCUUGAAACAACCUUAAAUGUGGUAUUAUGCACCAGAUCUGGUUUAUCCAGCCAUGGGAGAAAAAAACAAAAAACAAAAAAAACCUCUGAGUUUACUUUACUUGUAAUUAUACACUAUAAUGGAUAAUGUUUGUUGUAAACUGCAAUGUAAAACCUCAGUGAAACUGCACUGUACUUCUUGGUGUUUAUUAAAAGAUGU